CACCCUUGUCCUCUCUUCCCAACAUCAUGGCCGAUUUAGCCUCAGACUUCCAGUGGCUGCCAGAGUACGAUGAUGUCUUACAAGCAAUUGCUUCCACUGAUGUUGUACAGACUGAGUGGUCAAAAUUGCGAGAUAUUAUCAAGUUCAAAAUAAAAGAGAGCAUCGACCUUUUUCUAUCGCAAGCGAAACCCCCUCCUCUUCCAGCCCCUUCUCCGCCUUUGACCUUGUCGAAUGGUGGCCUGAAACUUCCGCCAUUUCCAGUUCGCCAACUGAACCAUCUCAAUCCUAUACAGGCACCUGUCAGCUACAUGAACAGGGAGCAGGCUGAACAAAUGAAGCGAUACAUCUACACUGAAUUAGACGAGAUAGACGAGAAUUCGCCAUUCACUAUACAACGAGUCUGCGAACUCUGUCUUAAUCCAGUGCGGCAUUACAAGUCUGUCGGCAAAUAUCUACGCGCCGUGGAAAAAUCACUUCUUGUUACCUCAACAUGGGACAGUUUUCCUAAAUCUUCGGGCGAUGAAAUUGACACCAAGAUGCCGCUCAACGUCGUUGGAGUACCAUCGGGGUCAUCCUCAGUUCCAGCGACGCCGCUGUUCUCGCCUAUCCCAUUCUUGCAUAGUGAUGCUCGACGGUCAAAAUCACGUAGCCCGCCACCUUCACCGUUGGCGCUUGGUGCAGCUGGUUCUAUCAGAGCUGGACAGGCUGAAGCGCCGGCACCCAAGGCCCUCGGACUAGUUGACGAAUUGGAUGAUCCAAGUCCUGGACAUAUGAGUGACCAUCCUACUGCCAUAUCGUCAGUGACGUCCGUCGCAGAGAGCAACGGUCGGCCAUUCAUCCAGAGUCUAGACCGGAGAUUUGUUAAAACGGAGGCCACGCCAGACGCACAGUCGGAGGAUAAUGCAAUGGUGGUAGACACAGAACCAGAGAGUAAAGAUAGCGUUGGAUAAGUGCAGUAUACAGUAUACAUAUGGACAGGUAUAAUCAGACCAGGUCUCUCUUGAUUUUCUCCAGCAUCGCGUUCAUACGCAACUUCAUGUCCGGCUG